GCUGUUGCCAUGGAGAUCCUGUGGCUAUGGUUGAACAGAACUGUCCCUUCAUGUGCUCCAGCCGGCCAUAGAUGAGCAAAGUAAAGGAGAAGAGAAUACCAUGGGACAAACAGUGAAUGAAGAAUCAAUGGAUGCCAAGAAUGACAAUCAAGAGAAAACUACUCAUUCAAGUACAUCUUCUGCGCAAAGCAAUAAUUUUGACUGGGACAAGUAUUUGAAAGAGACUGAUUCUGUAAGUGCACCUUCAGAAUACUUCAGACAGUCUAAGACUCCACCAACUAAUAAAUUCCAAGUUGGUAUGAAAUUGGAAGCCCGUGACCCUCGCAAUAUUGGUUCAGUGUGUGUUGCUUCUGUUAUUGCAACUACUGGUGCCAGAUUACGUUUACGACUGGAUGGUAGUGACAAUAAGAAUGACUUUUGGAGACUUGUUGAUUCAUCAGACAUACAGCCUGUUGGGACAUGUGAACAGGCAGGAGAUUUACUUCAACCUCCACUGGGGUACAGAAUGAAUGUUUCAUCAUGGCCCAUGUUUUUACUACGGACACUAACUGGAUCUGAACUGGCCCCUGCAGUGUUCUUUAAGAAGUUAAGCAAACACAGGAAGGAGCAAACAAAAAGAAACUUCCAAGAUCCAGGAGACAAAGAUCAAAACCACGAAAACAACCACCUGCAGGAGACUUGAUUCAUUCUGCUGAAAAGCCAUUCAAUGGUUUGGA